GAAUCGUUGUCUUCCGCCUCCUCCCCCUUCCCCUCACUGAAGUAAUUGCCACCCAACUGAUAGCAUUAACCCAGUGCGCGUGGAGUGCAAGGACUUUGGCCCCAUGCGGCGGUGCUCAGUCCCCCAAUUGUUUCAUUGAGGAAGUUAUUUGUUUACACGUGUUUCGGUUGCCAGGACAACGUGCCAGGUGCCAGGACAUUCCAAUGCAAAAGUCAGAAGCAAAAUCGAAUCGAAUGUGGCGAGUUUGAAGGAAUUUCAUAGACUCUCUGUCUUACAUUCAGUUUGGGAGUUUUCAGUUUAGUAGUUGCCUUAGCCUUGCGACGUGGUGGUGGAGCUUCAACGGAGCUUCUUGUCUUCUUGUGACGUCAACUCGUGGUGCAAUGAACCGAGUGUAGACAUGAUUACGGGGCCGGAAGCAAGACAAACGCACAGGUUGUUGGACUUGAAGAAGCAGCAAUGGGCUAAGGAACGAGAGGAAAUCGCGCGCAUGGAUCAAAUGUAUCAUCAUCAGCACACUUCGUCCACAUCGCACCACAAAAUCGAACGCACCUCCAUACGCACCUACUACUCGAAUUUGGAUCUCAGCCAGAGUUCCUCGACAUCGAAUCAAACCUCCAGCCACGCCUCCCGCCCACAGCCACCACAAGCAAUGCAGCUGCUGGUGCGUCAACCUCAAGCCGGAGCACUCACUCCCAGCUAUCGCCAGAUGCAGCGACAACGCAGCGAGGAUUACAUGAAUCAGCUGGAGCGCUACAUCGAUGACUUCGAUGGCGAACUCGACGUGGCUGGUGAUGCGGAUUUCGAGGAUGAUGAGCUGCUCUAUCGACGCCAGCGACGUGGCAGCUAUGCGCCUGGCAUGUCGGCCAGACAGUUGCCUCUUCAACCACCUGGACGCUAUGUGGAGCUGGUGCCCACUUCGCUGCAGACGGCCAAGGGACGCAUGCAACAUCCGGGAGUACAACAGCAGCAGCAGCAGAGAUUACGGAGUCCCAGUUUACCAACCUUGAGGCAGCGGGAUUACGCGGGCAGACAACAGCAGCAGCAGCAGCAGCAGCAAAAGGCGGCCAAUCAACUUGGCAACGUGAAGGGAGCAAACAUUGAUCCUGGCAACGGCAACGGGAAUGGCAAUCGAUUAAACAACAACAAUCCGGGCAAUGGGAAUCCCAAUCAGGCCUCGGUUGUCGGUUGCCAGGAAGAGGACACUUCUGGCUAUCUCAGCGAUACGCCCAAGAACACGCACACUCCAGACAUUUGGUAUAACGACGCCGCCAGCCAAAAUGGGAGCAUUAGUGGCAUGGGCAGCGCCAGCCAGGCGGACGAGAGUCUCCUCAGCGCUGCCAUCGCCGGGCGACGUCUUCGACGAUCGAUACAGGGUGCUGCCACGCCCACGCCCACCCUUACGCCUAGCUGUGGGCCACAGCAGGCUUUGCAGGGCAUGUUGCAAGCGCCCGCUCAGGCGCAGACUGGCAAGUGCAAACAGGCAUUGAACCAUGCAUAUGCCAUUAAGGGACGACGUGUGCCAGGGCAGGGUCACGUCUACGAACCCCUCGCUGCCGACGGCUACCUCGCCGACGGUUGCUGCUAUCUGGCGGCGCCUCCGAGUUCAUCGAACAUGAGUCUCAGCCGGGAUGUGUCCACGUCGAACACGUAUCAGGUGCACAUCAGCAACACCUCGGAGCACGGCGACUUCUAUGUCCACGAGCAGCACGAGAGAGAACGCGCCCGCUGGGCCAACUACAAUGCACAGCAGCAGCAACAGCAACAUUCACAGCAGCAACAUCAACAGCAGCAGGUGGGAAUGCCACCGGCUGGCUGGUUGAGUCGUGGCAUGCACGAUCUGAAGGACAGCGAGGACGAUGUGCAGUCGGUGCAAUCCUCGUCGACUUAUUUACGUGGUCAGAAUGCGCCACUCGAUGCCCAGACGCUGGCCGAGCGCAUGGACAAGCGUCGCAAGGCGGCCGAGUAUCACAAUGCGAUCAAGAAGCAGCUGCACGAACGGGAGCUGAUACGCAAGUGGGAGCUGGAGCGGCAUCGCCAGGAGGAACAACUGGAGGAGCAACGCAUGCGACGCCAGAAGCAGAUGGAGCAGGAACGUCUGGAGUACGAGAGACGUCAACUACAGGAGCGCGAGGAGGUGCAGAAGAAGAAGCAGAUGGUCAUGCUGGAUGCCAUAGCGAAGGCCGAGGUGGCGGCCAAAAUCGAGAAGCAAAAGAAGCGCCUUAAACGUGUGCCACCUCUGGAGCAAGGACAAAGUCUGGAGCAGGCUGAUAAGCCGGAAUUGCUGCAAGUGCUCUCCGUAGAAGAAGUGGAGGAAAUAGAGGAGGAAGUAGGAGAGAGUGAGGAGCCAGACUGUUCACACACGCCACGAGCAGCGCCGCCGCCACAGCCAGCAGCAGCAGCAACAGCAGCACCAACAGCAGCACCAACAGCAGCAGCGGCUCCUUCAGUUGUCACCGAGGAGAAAGUGUUGAUUGGCACUCCGAUUAAUCUGCGACGCACCAUCACCAAACCCAUCAAGCAGCCAGCAACUGAAGCAAGUACUGAGGAGAAGGAGAAUCUGGCACUGCUGAUGCAGCCGGCAACAUUGAUACCGCUGCCCGUCACCAGCGACAUCUUUGGCCUGCAGAAUGCGAUUGGCAAUCUGCAGAUUGCCACCUACUUCAUGCAACAGCCACAAGUACCAAUGAAGCCGCCAUCCACGGGAGCACACAUGGAGCAGAGCUACUCGAAGGCGACGAUGACACAGCGCACUGAUACCUCCAUCUGCACCGAGGAUGGCUACCAGGCGGAGAAGGAGGAGGAGGACGAGGAGCCGCUGCACACGGCGCGUUCAGCGCUGCAGACAGCCAGCGGUUGCUUCUCGCCCGACUCACUUGAAGUAGACAUAGCGCCAGUGGUCGCGGAGCAGGACAAACUGGCACUGAUGCCACUCAAGACACCGCUGCAAGAGACACUCACCGGAGUUGGUGGCUGCUCGUCUGCAAGCAGGCAGCGAAGUGGCAGCCAAACGGAUGUGGAGACACAAACGGAGUUGCCGCUCAACUGUGAUCUCUGUCUGUUCCACGACAACUUCUACAAGGUCCUGCUGAAGCGUGAGGUGUCCACGACGACCACAACACAAACUUCGAAGACGCAGACACAGCCAGCCAAGGAGUCGACGGCGGAAAAGGAUCACGAGACGACGACCACAACAACAACGACUACGACAACAACUUUUAAGGCGAAGAGCAAGGACAAGGAGAAGGAGAAGAACAAGCGGAAUUUGGGCAAAGAGAAGGAUGCCAACAAGAUGGAUGAUCGACCUAAGUGGGGCGUCAAUCGACCUGUCGUCCAGUAUGUCAAGGCCAGCGAUCGGGAUCCUUUCUGUCUGCGCAAGAAGAAGAAUCACGUGGCCAUUGCAAAGCCACCACGCUCUCAGUCCAUGGACUCACGCCUAGAUACGGUUGUGGUGCUGCCCGAGGAUCAGCUGGGUCAUGGCGACACAAUCAUUACAGCCGCCCAGCACGAAGAGGAGGAAGAGGGAUUCCUACUAAAGGCACGUAACGUUUGCACUGAAAUAUUACCGAUUAAAACGGAUGAGAAGGGUCGCAUCUUCCUCAACUUUAGGGAGGCGAGCGCCAUCAUGAACGAGGACGAGAUCAAGGACAAGCUCCGGCAGAAGUACUUCAACUUUGGCCGCAUCCUGCCCAGGCGCAGCUGGGCCUCGGCCACGCAGCACGGUCUGCCUUACAGUGUGACCGCAGCCACAGCAACUGCUCCGCCAGCCACAAUUGCAACUGUCGGCGAUCUAGCGGAUGAUUGAAACUAUCUCUGCAAACUAAACUAAACACAAACUAACCAACUCUCA